AGCUACUUUCACAUUAAUAACAAUUCUCAGCCCACCUCUCUGAAAUUCCUCAUUCGAUGCGCUCACAUGGCAUCGAAUCCCAUUUUCACUCCCACUCCAACUCCUUAUAUAAGACCUAUCAGAUCCCCAAAUCUCCAAAGUGAGCCACAGAGAAAACCCCCAAAUCCAGCUCCAGCAAGCACGAGGUAGCAUACAUCACACAAUGUGCAAACUUCUCAAGUUCUUCUCAGUCUUAGCAACUAUCAGCCUCGCCAUAGCCGGAGCUCGGUCCGCGUCUUGCCGGAGCUCCGACAUUGUCGUCCACCAGACUCGGACCGGUCGGAUCGUCGAAGGAAAGCCGGAAUAUGAGGUAAAUCUAAGCAAUCUCUGCCAUUGCCAGCAAUCUAGGGUUGUGGUCCGAUGCUACGGUCUUAGCAGCGUAGAAGCCGUCGAUCCGCGAUCGAUUAAACCCCUCGACGAAGAACGCUGCCUUGUGGGCGGUGGACGGCCGAUUGCUCCUGGUGCGCUGGUAAGAUUUAAGUAUGCUUGGUUAACGCCACAGGAUUUUCCUCUCGUUGCUUCAAAAAUCCUUUGUUAGUGCUUGAAAAAUUUGGUAAUCAAUGUGCUGGUGUAAUCUCUCGGCCGUUGGAUCUACAGCUUUUAUUGUUGGAUUUUUAGGGUUUAGUAGUGUUGAGAUGGAGAGGUUUUUGUGUUCUUCAGAUAUUUUCUGUUUUGUGUUUUAUAAAUGAAUUUAUGUCUUGUUUUUUUCUCUUC